CAGAAAAGGAAGCAAGGUGAGAAUAAUGCUGCAACAGUUUGGUCCCUGUAUUUAACAGAUGUCAUCUGAGCUAUGAUAAUGUUCCAGUGGCCAUCCGUACAGAAGCUGGCAUUGCUGGUAGCUGUACCAGUCACUGGUCUGCUACUCUAUAUGCUGCUCAAGAGGGGGGAAGAAGAUGAGGACACUCUUGAGCAGGAGCAAAUAGUGACUUCCAGACAGACUGUGAUUGAAGUCAAGGUCCCCAGGGAGGCAGUGGCCGCUGUCAUAGGCAGGCAAGGGGCUCAGAUUAAAGAGGUUCAGGAGAAGAGUGGCACAAGGAUUAACUUCAAGGAUGAUGUUGGUCCAACAGAGAAUGCUGAGCGCAUUGCUAUUGUCCGAGGAAGCCCAGAGAAUGCGCAGCUGGCUGAGCUCAUGAUAAGGAAACUGAUUGCUGCCCAGCCAGUGCAGUUAGUGGAGGAAAUGUAUGUUCCUCAGAAAGCAGUAGGGAGGAUCAUUGGCAGGAGAGGAGAGACUGUCAGAGGAAUUUCCAGAACAUCCAAGGCCAAAAUUGAUGUUGAAAGAGAGAGCUCAAGAGAUCAAAGUGAAGUGAGACUGAUCACUAUCAAAGGCAGUUUAGAACAGAUAAAAUAUGCCAAGAGCUUGAUACAAGAGAAGAUUUCAGAAGAAGACAGAUUUCAAGCCCAACUAGCUGUGAAUGCAUCACAUCGGACACAGCAGCGGGGCCAUGAACACCAAGCCCAGGGCCAGAAAAUGGACAGACAAAACCAAGUACUUCCCUCUAGGAGGCCGCCAGGUUCAGAUAAAUCACUGGAAUGGUGUGCCCCCUCCCUGCCGUACACAGUGACAGAAUGGCCGGACCACCACCACUACCUGGAGGUGUAUGUGUCCGCUGUGGAGAAUCCAGGACAUUUCUGGGUCCAGAUGAUCUCUUCCCAGUCCACACAGCUGGACAGGCUUAUACAGGACAUGACAGCUUACUACAGGGAUGAAGAGUACCUUCAGACCAGCACCUGCAUGUCAGUCCAGCUAGGAGACCUGGUGGCUGCUCCAUUUGAACACGACAACAACUGGUAUAGAGCAAGAGUGGUACAACAGAUGGAUGGAGGCCUCUACGAUGUCUAUUUUGUAGAUUUUGGUGACAGCAUAUAUGUGGCAGUUGAAAAACUGAGAAAACUUCGAGCCGACUUCCUACAACUACCGUUUCAAGCAGUAGAGUGUAGUUUAGCCAGUGUGGAACCUGCACAAGAUGACAGUGGCCAAACAAGGUGGUCUGACCAGGCAGUGGAUGCCUUUGAAACCCUGACCUACUGUGCCCAGUGGAAAGUGCUCAAUGCUAGAGCCACAGAACUGUUGCCAACGGACACUGGGACCUCUAUUCCAAGUCUGGAGUUGGUGGAUACUAACUCAGAACAGGAUAUAGAUAUAGGUGAGGAGUUGAUCAAGCGUGGCUUUGCAGUGAGGACUGGCAGGGUGGCCGGGAGAAAGGCAAGGGACCCCCUGCACAGGAAACAGGUCACUGACUUCCAGAUACUGUCCAAGGACUGUUUGAUUGAUUACACUGAGCGGUCAACUGAUCGUCCUGCUGAAGGUACAAUGCCAAAUAUGGACAGAAGGGCAAGGGUGCUGAGUAUGAAAAGAAAAUUCAGGAAACAUUUUCCAAAGAAGGCUGGAGGCAAGGAAGGUUUCAGUGCAUCUUUACAUGAUGAUUUUGAUGAGGAUGCAGGUGCCUUAUCCCAGCAGAUUUUUGAUAAAGGAACAGGGCAGAGCCGUGUGUUCUGUGUUGAAAUGGUGCCUUUUGUGAAAGAGUUAUGUGUGCAGACACCAAGUGUCAAUAUCGAUAGUGGAGUGGGGAACACAGCUUUGGUUGACAACCCUCUAGUUGACAGAAAGUUUUCUGACAGUAGCAAAGACCCAUCUCAGUAUGAAAAAUCACCUGGUGGCGAUGAUUACUUAAUCCCUUGUUUUGAAGAUGGCAACAACAUUCUUCAAACUAGUCCAGAAGUGUCAAUGACUGAUUCCAGGGAAUGCAUGUGUCAUUCUUGUGAAAAAAUUGACUGUGAAGAAUUGAUUGACAUCACAGAGCAACAGCCAGAAUCCUUGUCAGGGCUAGAUGCCCCAUUUCUUCCGAUGUCUCUUGUAAGUUCAAGACAACCAUUAUCAGUGAGUGCUGAUCAUGAUACUGUGGUAGGAACUACAGAUGAAGUGCCCAGUUGUGAAGAAUUACAUGAGUUUGAGUGUGACACAAAAAUGUUCAGGUUAGCCUCACAACCUGAUGUUACUGGACAGUGGUCUGACUAUGCAGUCUGUUUUAAUGGGCCUCAGCUGCUGCUAGAUUGUAAUGACAAUAUUGAGAAACUUAUUGAAGUCCCAACUGUUAAUGAUCAUCAAGAAGAAGAAGAAGUAAGAGAUUUCAUGAUAUCAGAACUUUGUGAGAAACUGACAAGUUUCCAUUUGGAAACUGAAAAUUACUCCACAUCAGGAGCUCAUUCUAAUGAUGUCCAGCUGGUGAAGUCAAACUCUGAUGGCUCUGGUUUCAAUGGCAUUGAAUCACCUAUAGAUGCAUGUGAUCAAAUCCAUACAGGUGUAAAUUUAGACAAAAACAGAAGUAUUAGACUGUUCCAUGUAGUCAGCGAACCUGGGAUUCAAGAGAGUUCUGGAGACUCCAUCCAAGACUGGAGCUGUAUGAAUAUGCCUAUUCACAUUGCAUCUGUGGAAGAAACAGAUUUAAACCAAGAAUGUAUUGCUGUUGUGCUCCCAUGUUUAAGAGACACUGCGGUUGUAGCAACUGAGAACAUUAGGAGCAUUGGUGAUCAGUCUCAGUCUAGUCUCACAGCAUUGCCACAGAUGGAACCACCUGCACCCCAAUGUACAACUUUUGCAGAAACUCUCCCAUCAGAUUGUACAACAUGGAGGAUGAGUCCUAGUUCUGAGGUCCCUAUCGUCUUGGAGCUGAAAGACGUAAAGGCCAGUGCCUUUAAUUCAGAAGAUGAAGAUGAAGGGAAUUAUGGUAGUGGCCUCUCUGAGUGUGAUUCCCUUGAAGCUAGUGUGGACAGCCUCACUCUGCCAUCCAGCAUCUCCAGAAAUGAGCGAAAACCCAAUCUUGACAGAGUUCUGAGUGAUAUCCAUGAAGAGACUUGGGAUCCUCAUGAUAUUGACAGUUGGCUCCGUGAGACAGAAUGCUCCAUGAAACAAGAACCUGUGAUAGUACAGCCCUUUUCUGGCUUUGGCGAUACUGCCAAGGAUGGCUACUUUCUGCAUGAAGAACCAGUGGAGGAGCAAGCACUGAAGAAGUCAGACCCACAGCAUAUGAAGACACACAUGGAAGAGGUCAAACUAAGUGAUUCUUUCUACUUGCAUGAUUCUACGUCCCCUAUGAAGAGUCCAGCCUCACCAGUGUCACAUCGGGCACCAGCCACUAAUCAUUCUUUUAAAGAAGCAGAACCCUGGGCAACCAGGACAGCACAGAAACCAACAUCUCUACCACUUCAAAACCCUGCUACUGAGCAAAGCCCCAGCUUCCACAGGCCAGACUCUGGCAUAUAUACAAAUAGUCCUGUUGGGGAUUCACCAAUGUGGAUUCCACCGAGCUUCUUUCAUGUAGCCACAGAUGGGGGAUCAGAUUAUGGCAAUCAUCUUGUGUGCACCAGUUCACCAAGGUUGUCAAGUAGCAUUAUGCCCAAUGCACAGAAUGAACCAUUUCAGCGGAAUGCAACUUCAGAAAUACCUGGAUUAUUGCCAGUGUCACCAAAGGAAAGCAAUGCCCCCAAAGACUCUAAUGUAACAAACAACACAAUGUCACAACUAAUGCAACACAGCAUAUAUGUGUGUCCAGAUCGCCGGGGGAUGGAUAGUCCAGGUGGUCAGUCACAGAGGCAGGUCAUCUACUCUUCCAGCAGUGGCCAGUCACAGGACAAUAACCAGGACAAUGGUGGAGAUGUUACAAACAGUUUGAAUCUCAGCUGCCUGUCAGCACCAAGGGUCGAGUCUUCAGAUCAGAUGUCCAUGUCUUAUGACAGUCUGGAUUCGGACUGUGUAUUCACCCAGCUACCGGAGCAAGAGAACCCUCCUCAGCUCUUGAUGUCACCCAUAGUGGAAGAUCACAGAGACCUGAUGUCUAGGAAUAGUGUGGAUUUCAUGGCCAAGUCGGUGUUAUCUGAGGACUCUCUGAGUGAGAAGUCAUACUACAGUGAUGACAGUAUUGAGGGCUGCUAUGACCUGGAUGGCCCAGAGCUUGAUACCAAGGUCGACCUCCAUUCCCCAGGCAGCAAAGUACCUGCCUACCCAGUGGAAUCAUCACCUGGCAAAGAAUGGGACAUCCCUCAGUGUGGAGGCAUUGUCGAGCCUAGUCUCUUAUUGACAGAAAGUGAAGUUCCAUCUGACACCAAAGCUGUCAUGACCAGAUCCCAAGAGAAAGAAAUCACAAGAGAGCAAAGUCCUAAACCCUGUGUGGCAGCUGCCGUUUCAUGUGAUACUGACCCCUCUGCCAGAUCUCUAGUCCACAGUUUGGGAACCGAUUCCUUGGCCACUUCUGGUCCAGGCUGCCCAGUGAUGGAGGGAGGCAAUGACACUGACCUCGCUUUGUCCAGUUUCUUUGAGGGCACUGACCUUAGUGGCUAUCCCAGCAUGCACGAGGUGCUGUCCAUCACCACAACCAUCUCCAGCAGCACUCCUUACUUGCCUCAGUGUAUUGACAGCUGUCACAGGAGCAGUGAGUUCUUAGUUUGUCCCAGUUCUCAUACAUCACAGUGUGGAGACAACAGCCAGAGCUGGAGUCCAUUCUGUUUUAAGGCUGGCGAUAGAAAAUAUAAAGUCAGUGAGUCGGAUGAAGGUGUUAUUAAAGCAGGACCAGAGCAAGUCAGUGAGGCUGGGGACUGCUGCAGCAGUACGCUCAACAUUGAAUGAAAUAGAAACAGAAUUUUGAAAACCAUACUAGCAAUGGACUGGUACCUAUGAGUUGUUAAUUGGCGUUAUUUAGACGGUGAUAUUUAAUUAUGCCAGUAUUAGUACUUAAUGUAUACGUUGUGUAAUGUUUUGGCUUCUUUCACAGACAAGGCUUGGCAUAUUCCAAAAUACAAAGUUGUCAAGGCAACCAAGACUGGUGCUGUUACUAUGGAUGUAGUAAAGAUAAACCUACAUUUUAUUACAAGGAUGUCAAGGACAACAUUGCAUAGAGCUGGGACCCCAAGUAGUAAAUUUUCAAAGAUAGCAAAUCAAAUUAAGGGUUGUUAAUUUAAAGGUAGAUCCUUAAAGUUAAUAUAACAUGUUUGUUCAUAUUGUUCUGUUAACACUGAAAGUGCAGUUUUUUUUCAGAUUAAGAAAAGCUUUCUCAUUUGUUUUAAUAAAAUUACUUUAUGAAUCGGAUUAUUUGCUACAAAGAUAAGUUUUUGUAAA